AUGUGGACUUGGGACCCAAACGAGAUAAUCGUUAAGGCGGAAGCGGAGUCCAUCGCAUGGAGGAAUGCCCAAACACGGCUACAACAGACCCACAUUGAAACAUUUACUCUCCCACCAGUGACGGAGGACAUCUGUCAAGUGGAUGGAGCUUGGAAGGAAACAGAUUGCAGAGCAGGUAUGAGAUGGUUUUAUUUUCACACGGAAAAUAUGGACAAACUGAUGGGUGCAUCUAAUCUCAGGAGGGGGAUUUCACCGCUCCAGACGGAGUUGGAAGCUCUAAUUUGGGCUAUGCAGUGUAUGUUAAGAAAUAGCAAGUUAAAUAUAGUUUUUCAGACGGAUUGUUCCGAUGUGGUGAAGAUGGUGUCUAAACUAGAGGAGUGGCCGGCUUUCUCACUAUUACUUGACGAGGUGAAUAGAUGUAAGAGGGGUUUUACUUCUUUUAUCAUCAUGCAUAUACCAAGGAAGGAAAAUACGAAGGCAGACAGGUUAGCACGGAGUGCUCGAGUUCUACCUACUGAUGUGUACUAUGUAAACUUUGUUUCACCAGCUUGGAUUUCCGAGUUGUUCUAG